CUCCAGCUCACGGUUUCGACCUUUGCUGUGUCUCCUGGCCAUCAUGAGAAGUUCCCUGGUGGGUCUGCAGCUGCUCCUGGCCUGUGUCCUGGUUUGGGGGACCUCAGUGGCGGAGGAGAAAAAGGAAUGUUGUGGACCAGGAGUGCCUCCAGAAAAGAGCUGCUGCCCUAAAGGGAAUUCCACGUCGCAAGAACCGGAAAAAGAGGAGGAGCAGCAGGUGGUUCCAGAGGAACCGAAUUCGGAAGAACCAAAAAGACAGGGGAAGAAGCUACGGGUUCGAGAGGAACCGACUUCGGAAGAACUGGAGGAAAGAGCGAAGAGGCAUCGCGAAAUUAUGCAGCAGGACAGCAGAAGCAUAUAUGAAUCCAUGUUCUUGAAGCAACAGGCUCUGGAUUACUUCAACAAACACAAAACUGCUUUCUACAGACCCAUAGAAGAUACAGAUGUCAAAGUAAAGAGCGCCACUGGCACUAUCGUGACCUUCACGCAAUUUUUGGUGAAAACCAACUGUACCAAAGAAGAAGGCCGAAAAUUUUCAAUCCCAUGGUAUGAGCUUCCGUCCACAGAAUCGGUUCCCUGCGUAGCUUUGCCUAAGCACGAGCAGAAGGUAAGAUGCACAGCCCAAAAUAUCUGUGUUGCGUAUUGCCAAGAAUGUCCACCCAGGUAGCGCUGCCGUUCUUUU